AUGGCGACACGAUUCAGACAAACACGACGCAGAAGAGGACACGUCUGCAUGGGUUACGGUCGAAUUGGGAAGCAUAGGAAGGAGAGAGGAGGAAGAGGUAAUGCUGGUGGAUUGAACCACAGAAGAACAUGGUUCACCUCCUUCCACCCUGAUUUCUUUGGAAAGAAAGGGAUGAGAGUAUUCCACGCCAAGCCAAAUUUGAAGUACUGCCCAUCGAUCAACGUCGAGGGAUUGUGGGCACUUGUCGGUGCAAAGGUCCAGGAACAAUACAAAAAUGCGAAAUUGGGCGAACAGGUCCCAGUUAUUGACUGUGUUAAACAUGGAUACUUUAAGGUACUUGGGAAAGGGUUCUUACCAAAACAGCCAGUCAUUGUCAGAGCAAGAUUCUUCUCGAAAACAGCCCAGAAAAAAAUCCAAGAUGUCGGAGGUGCAUGCGAACUUACUGCUUAA